AUGAUUCCGCGGGUAAUUGCGGGCUUCUUGGUGCUUUUGGUCGUAGUUCUGGACAGCACACAAGCUCUGUACUCAUCGUCCGAUGAUGUCGUGGCACUGACGACGGCCAACUUUGACCGUACCGUGGUGAAAAGCGAUGAGGUAUGGGUGGUAGAGUUUUACGCACCGUUCUGUGGCCAUUGUCGUAACUUGGUGCCGGAAUACAAAAAGGUGGCCACCGCACUGAAGGGUGUGAUCAAGGUCGGUGGCGUGAACUGCGAGGAAGAGCAGGGUCUGUGCGGACAGCACGGUGUACGGGGUUAUCCGACCAUCAAGAUCUUCGGUGCGAACAAGCGAUCCCCAGUUGAUUACAAUGGGCAGCGCACGGCCAAGGAUAUCGCAGAGGCAGCACUGGCAGAGGCGAAGAAAAAGAUCAAGAACGUUCUCGGUGGCGGCGGUGGUGGCAGUAGCGGCGGAAGCGAAGGAAGCAGCGGCUCCAAGGACGACGUCAUCGAGCUAACUGAUGCGAACUUCGACAAGUUGGUACUGCAAAGCGAGGAAGCAUGGUUGGUGGAGUUCUUCGCACCGUGGUGUGGUCACUGCAAAAAUUUGGCACCUCACUGGGCCAGGGCCGCGACGGAACUGAAGGGCAAGGUGAAGCUGGGCGCUCUCGAUGCCACAGUACACCAGCAAAAGAUGUCCGAGUACGGUGUGCAGGGUUUCCCGACGAUCAAAUACUUCCCGGCCGGCACGAAGAAUCGCAACUCGGCCGAAGACUACAACGGUGGCCGCACAUCGUCCGACAUCGUAACCUGGGCGCUGGAUAAAUACACCGAAGACAUCCCAAGCCCGGAAGUCGUACAGCUCACCUCGGAAAAGGUUGCACGGGACACGUGCGAGAAGAGACCGCUGUGUGUCGUAUCUGUGUUGCCGCACAUUCUCGACUGUAACGCGGAAUGUCGCAACCGUUAUCUGCAGAUCCUGCAGACGAUGGGCGACAAGUACAAGAAGAAGGAUUGGGGCUGGCUUUGGACGGAGGGUGGCGCACAGCUUGAUUUGGAAGCCACGCUCGAUAUCGGUGGUUUCGGCUAUCCGGCCAUGGCGGUGGUUAAUCUGAAGAAGAUGAAGUACUCGCUGCUGCGCGGAUCAUUCUCAAAUGAUGGCAUUAACGAAUUUUUGCGAGAUCUUUCAUUCGGCCGAGGUCACACGGCACCGGUGAAGGGUGCGGAACUGCCAAAGAUUCACACCGUCGAACCGUGGGAUGGUAAGGACGGGCAGCUACCGGAGGAGGAAGAUAUCGAUCUGUCCGACGUGGAUCUGGACGAGAAGGACGAGCUGUAA